AUGAAAUCCACAACGGAUUCGCCUUUGAAGAAAUCCCAGAAAUUGAGCAGUUGCCGCAUCACACAACCACACACCAUGUCUCGACUCGGGAACAACGCCGACUGGGCCGACGAUGACGAGUACGAUGAUCCCUCAGCGCUGCCCGCAACACAAAUUACCGAGAACAAAGACGGCACCAAGACGGUCGUCUCCUACCGUUUCAACGAUGACAACAAAAAAGUGAAGGUCACCCGCAGGAUCAAGGCCACCGUUGUCCGAGAGCAUGUCAACCCACAGGUGGCCGAGCGCCGGUCGUGGGCCAAGUUCGGUCUCGAGAAGGGCCACGCGCCGGGCCCCUCCUUCGACACCACCUCCGUCGGUGAGAACAUGGUCUUCCGUCCCAGCACAAACUGGAAGGCUCAGGCCGCCGAUGCCGAGAAGAACCCCGAGCAGGGCAGCAUGAAGGACCAGCUCAAGGACAAGAAGGUCAAGUGUCGUAUUUGCAGCGGCGAGCAUUUCACAGCCCGCUGUCCCUUCAAGGACACCAUGGCUCCCGUCGAGGAGCCCACUGGUGGUGCGGAUAUGGACGCAGACGAUGCAGGUGCUGCUGGUGGUCUGGGUGCUGGUUCCUCCAGCUACGUUCCUCCUCACAUGCGUGGAAAGGCUGGUGGUGCUGCCGGCGAGAAGAUGGGUGGUCGCUUCGAGAAGGACGAUCUGGCUACUCUCAGAGUUACAAACGUCAGCGAGUUGGCAGAGGAACAAGAGUUGCGGGAUCUCUUCGAGCGGUUCGGUCGUGUCACCAGAGUUUUCCUUGCCCGGGACCGCGAAACCCAGCGGGCCAAGGGCUUCGCUUUCAUCAGCUAUGCGGAUCGGGGCGAUGCUGCUCGCGCUUGCGAGAAAAUGGACGGCUUCGGUUACCGCCACCUUAUUCUUCGCGUCGAGUUCGCCAAGCGCACUACUUAG